AUGUGGUGUUUGGUUCCGCUCUCUGCAGAUCUUCAGCCCGUUGAACAGAAACCAGGUCGGUGGGAUGAGAACACUAAGCAAAUGUCCUCCAAGGGUUACACCAUACUCCCCCACAUUUCUUUGACUCUCUACCUCUUAGCUGGAGAAAUUUUGAUGCAACACUCAAUUCUGCAUUUUGCGUUCCAGAGCCCACCUAGCACACCAAUUUCCUUCCUCCACCGUCUUUCGACCCUUAGUGAGGUCGACUGUUUCGAAGAUGAUUCCACCAUUCCUUUGGCGCAAAGACCAUCCUCUCCUAGAAGCUCUCACCCUCCACUACUUGCUCUAUUCCUCACACUCCUACGUUACAUAUCCCCGAGUCCCCCGUCCUCCAAUACCAAUUUCGCCCAAUUCACCCUUUUCGCGAAAAAUAUCCCUUCCCGCCAAAAUUUGACACUGGCCAUCCUAUAUCCAAACUUGCCAUGA